AUGGCAUCCAAGUCACUGCCCGUACGCGCAGCCCUCAUUGGGCUUUCUUCCUCUGGCAAUACGUCAUGGGCUGCUAAAGCCCACCUUCCCGUUCUUAUGACACCUGCCGGCCGCUCAAAAAUCACCGUUACUGCAUUGCUGAACAGCAGAGUUGAUGCUGCAAAAGUCGCAAUACAGAAAUAUGAAUUCCCUGCUACUACCAAGGCUUACGGUAGCCCAGAAGACCUAGCAGUAGACCCAGAUAUCGAUCUCGUGAUAUGUAACACAAGAGUCGACAAGCACCACGAGGUUAUCAUGCCAAGUAUUAAAGCAGGCAAAGAUGUCUACGUCGAGUGGCCAAUCGCAUCGAACAAAACCCAAAUUGAAGAAAUAGUUGAAGCAGCACGGCGAAGCGGAUCUAGAGUGGCAGUAGGUCUACAAAGGCGAUGGGAUCCAUCCGUUGUCAAGCUCAGAGAACUCCUUGACGGAGGCAAAGGCGAGCUAGGGAAAAUCCUAAGUUCAAGCGUCCAGGCAUUCGGCGGCGUUCCUUACAGAGACAUGAUGCCCCCGGGUGUACUCUACUUCACCGAUAAAGAAAUCGGUGGAAACAGCAUCACCAUCGGUGUCGGUCACAUCCUUGACUCCGUCCUCUCAACCCUCGGUCCCCUCUCCGCCACAAGCAUCCAUUCCAAAUCCCAAAUACAACGCCCAACCCUCGGCGUUCCCGACGCAGAAACGAAAAAUGUAACACAUCACGUUACCUCCAACGUGCCUGACCUCCUCUCCCUCCACGCCACUCUCACACCCUCUGCCCAAACCGUCCCAAACGCAACACUCACCUUCCUCUUCCGCAAUGGCCCAGCCUUUCCCGGCGACCCUGCACUUACCUGGACCAUCAACUGCGAAAAGGGCGAAAUCAAACUCGUGUCGCCUACGAGUCCGUUCUUCCAGUUUUCUGACAACGAUGCGGCUGUGAAGAUUCAGGUGCAUGAUUUUGCGAGUGGAGAGGUAAGAGAUGUGGCGUGUGAGUGGGGGGAGCAGCAGAUGGGGGUAUCGAUUUUGGCGAGGGAUGUUAUGGGGUGUUUGUUCGCGUUUGUGGAGGGGAGGGAGGAGGGUGAUGGGUGGGUGGGGGUUGAGGAUGCGGCG